UUGAAACAAUACAGUCAAGGCACAUAUAAUGAGUAGGCAAGAGCUGGGAUAUUAACUCUGUUGGAUGGCAACACUGAGAUCUCCUCUGUACAUACGACAUGAAUCUCUACAUCUCUGUUUUUCAGCUGUGGGACUACAUGAAGUUGAACCAUCUGGUUAAAUAUGGGGCAAUAACUGCAGCUACAGUAAUUAGUUUGGCUGUGUUGAGAAAGUGGAUUGCAGGUGGAGUUUGCUACAGUUGUGUGCGAUUAGAUGGCAGGACUAUUCUCAUCACUGGUGCCAACACUGGCAUUGGAAAAGAGACUGCAAAGGACAUGGCUAAGAGAGGAGCACGUGUUGUAAUGGCUUGUCGAGACCUCUCAAGAGCAGAGAAAGCUGCAGAAGAGAUACGCUGCUCCACAGGAAAUGGGAACGUUGUGGUACGGCAUUUGGACUUGGCCUCCUUAUGUUCAGUACGACAGUUUGCACAGGAUUACAUCUCCACAGAAGACCGAUUGGACAUACUAAUCAACAAUGCUGGAGUGAUGAUGUGUCCCCACAGUCUAACAGUAGAUGGGUAUGAAACUCAGUUUGCUGUCAAUCAUUUGGGCCAUUUCCUCCUGACUGUAUUACUCCUGGACAUGCUGAAGACAUCUGCCCCUAGCCGAGUGGUCAACGUAUCCAGCAUUGCUCAUAAAGGGGGAAAGAUCCAUUUUAAUGAUCUCAACUUCACCAAAACGCCAUAUGACUCCUUGGUUAGCUACCAACAGAGCAAACUUGCAAACAUGCUCUUUACCAGAGAGCUAGCACGUCGGACCAAAGGUUCUGGAGUAACAGUGUACGCACUGCACCCUGGAGUGAUCCACACUGAAUUGGGCCGGUAUGUACAGAGACGCCACUAUGUGCUCAGCACCCUUUUAUUGAUUCCUGCCCUCCUCCUGAUGAAGACCCCUAAGCAGGGAGCUCAGACCUCUAUCUACUGCGCUGUUACUGAGGGGCUAGAAAAAUACAGUGGUUGCUAUUUUAGCGAUUGUCAGUUGAAGGACCCACAACUGGAGGCUAAAGAUGACCUUGCUGCAGUCAGACUUUGGGAUGUGAGCUGUCAAUUGGUAGGCUACAAAGAAGAAGACUGACCCCCAACAAGCUCUGAAGAAUCAGAGAUCUUCCAUCACCAUUGAAUGCCUGCAGUGUAUUUUUUGCUGAGUUCUUAACAUCAGUUUGCUUUGUCUUCCUAUGUUCCUUAUGAGGAAGUUCCCAUGUCUUGUCUGUUCCUGUUUUUUAAUAUUAGUUUAAUGUUUCCGUUUUUAAUGUACUACAUACAUAUAUAUUUUUCAAAUGAAACACACCUUUCCUACUAUGUUCUAUAUAGAUUAUGAAUAAAUCUUGCCUGGUAUUAAACAAUAUGCUUUCCAAUAGA